AUGGUGAAGAUAGAUCUACGGAAUCUUCAUGACCGACUGGGUACGCUGGAAGAAUACAUAACCAUUGGCUUUAAAACAAAAUCCAAGAACGGAAUCCUUAUGGAGAUGCUGGGAGAGGGGAAGACCAAUUACAUAAUAGUAAGAAUUAACAACAAUGGUGGGAUAACAAUUGAAUUUGAUGUCGGCUUCGGUCGCUUCGAGGUCACAACAGACUACAUAGUUGACCUGGCAAACGACCAGCACCACACUGUGGUCGCAUGGCGAACGCAUAUUGGUCAGGUUUGGCACCUGCAGGUCGACGACUACCCCGAAAUAGUGGCAAAUUUCAGUUCACUGCUUUCGGAAACGGCAGACACAAGGCUGGAUAAACCGAGGGCAAUCUACCUCGGUCGCAAUGAAUCUAUGCCCUCAAACCGUGGCUUUGACGGAUGCCUAUACGCUGCCCAGUGGAACAGCUUCUUCCCCAUCCGCAUGCUCUUCGAAUCACCACCGAAUCCAGCCGUCUAUUCCGAACCACCAAGUACGUACGCCUGGCUGCGAGCAUUAAGCGGAUGCGAGGACUUCGUUUUUGGACUUAUCACACACAGUCUAAGAGAUAGUGUUUAG